GCUGUUAUUGACUUUCUGGCUAGCAAGAAUAUAGCAUAAAUAGAGAGAGUUUUGGCCCAAAAAAUUUGCAGUAGUACGAGUUGGGCGAUAAAUUAUACAGUAUAUGAUUGUCCGGGGGGGCGAGAGGAGAGGAGAGGAGGGUAGGAACUCACAAUCAGUCUGAAGGGGGAAGUUUUUAAGAUUUCGAUGCGCAUGCAUGCAGAGAGAAAACUUUAGGUCUUGGUGUGUUGUUGUUGUUAAGGAAGUCGUCGUCGUAUUAUAUUAUCCCGAUCAUCAUGAAAAGCAGGGCUAGCAGUAGUAGUAUUUCAAUGCAAGCAGCGAUCCUGUCCACCUCUCCGCCAAAUUAUUCGCCAGCCGGCCACGGCGGUAAUGGUAAUACACCACAACCACCCUCCAUUGAGUUUCCCACCUCGCCUCAAGGUUGUACGAGUAUUAGCAGCGAUGCAGCAGUACUAGUAACUCAUUACAGUCACCCAAAGCACCCGCUGGCCCAGCUGACGCUGCCUGAGCUGUUCGCAUGCGCAGGCUGCAAGGAGUACGGAGCAGGCAAGAGGUUCGCGUGCCAAGAGUGCGAUUAUCAGCUGCAUGAGUUCUGCGUCCUGUCUCCCCCGCUUCUGAGGAGCCAUCCCCUCCAUCCCCAACACCAACUGGUUUUCCACUCCAGACCUAAACAAGGUGGAAUAAAGUGGCCCAAGUGCGAUAUCUGUGGCAAGUCCUGCAGAGGCUUCACCUUCAGAUGCAGAGCCUGCAGUUUUCAGAUGCAUCCUUGCUGCGCUAUGCUUUCCACUGAGAUCACAUUUCCGGAGCUACAUCCCCACCCUCUGAAGCUCCUACCUCCGCGGCAGCUGCAGCUGAGCAAUGCUGGCGAGUCUUUGGUGUCGUGUGACCGGUGCAAGAAGAGAAGAUCGGGAGGGCGAGUAUACCGGUGCGCUGUGUGCAACAAUUACCAUUUGCAUGCCCUCUGUGCAAAGCCCCUCAUUAACGGCCUCCAAGAAAAUGGCUUCCAAACAGCUCCGGAUCACGACAAGCCCAGCAACACCGUGCUCGGCACCGCCGCUCGUCUUGCUUCUCAAGUGGUUAUCGAAUUUAUCGGAGGCCUGAUUGAAGGCUUUGGAGAAGGCUUCGGACAGGCGUUGGUUCAGAGUAUUAAUCCAAGAGGCCGCCCCCGCCGCCGCAGCCCCACGAGGCCGAGUGCUGAGGCCACCACUGCUGCAUCUAACUAAGCCACCUGCUACUGAUGGUCUACGGGGGCUUCGGGACUCCACUCUGCUCUUUUAAGUACUGUCCAGGUUAUACUAGUAUUAAUUAAUUAUUGCUCCAGUGUCUAGGAGCACCUCUGCUAUAUAGGAAUAUCAUCAUCAUCAUUUUAUCCAAUAUUCUCGCAACUGCAUAUAUUACUA